GGGGGACAACAGGGAUUCACGCGGGGUUAAUGGGGUCCGGCAGCCGUCGCGCCCCGGUUCCCGGGGCUCCCCGAAGCACCCCCGGUGCCCCACUUCCCGCGACGCCCGGGGCGGGAUUCCCGUGUCCCCGCCCCCGUGACGUCACUUCCAGCGGGCGGUGCCGGGCCCGGUGCCGCCGGUGCGGGCCGGGGGUGGAAGCGGCGGAGGGAGGUCUCGGUCCCGGUCCCGGUUCUGGUCACCGUCCCGGUUCCGAUCCCAGUCCCAGCGCGCCAUGGUGGUGCUGCGGGGCGGCGCGGGCCCCGAGGAGCCGUUCCCGAGGAUCGAGGACUGCCUGCCCCUGCUGGAGGACUCCCCGUCCAAGCGGUUCUCGCCCUCCAAGAGGAAGCAGUAUUACAUCAACAAAGCCAUCCGCAACUCCGACCUCAUCCCGAGGGCCAAGGGCCGCAAGAGCCUCCAGAGGCUGGAGAACACUCGCUACCUGAUGACACUGCUGGAGCAGGAUGACUGCGGGAGCGACGAGGGAGAGCUUACCCACUCGGCCACCCCCAGCAUCUUCACCGAGGCCUGUAACAAUGAGACCUAUGUGGAGAUCUGGAACGACUUCAUGAACCGGUCGGGAGAAGAGCAGGAGCGGGUCCUGCUCUACCUGGAGGAGGAGGCCAGGAAGAAGCACAGGAGGAAGCUGCCUGUCAAGAACGAAGAGAAGUGGAAAGAGCUGCCUGCCUACACACCCCAGGAGUGCUUCCAGCGCAUCAGCCGCCGCCUGCGCGCCACCCUGAAGCGGGGCCGGAUCCCCAUGGGGACGCUGGAGGGGCUGGAGGAGGAGCUGCUGGCCUUCUUCUCUGUCACCCCCCACUCUGUCUACACAGCACUGAUGGAUAACAGGCUCGGACAUCGAAGGCAAACGCCAGAUGAAAGUGAGCAACAAACACCGCGUGUUCCUGCCGCCGGAGCUGCUGCUCUCAGACUACCUGGGGCAGAUGAGCUGAUGCCCCCCGACAGCUGCCCUGCCCCUCCUGUGUCCGCUGCAGCCUCUCCCGGACCCUCGGCCCUUCCUUCCCCUGCUCCAGCAGCCGCUGCCCGGCGGGGCAGAGCCGGGGGUUUGUGGCCGUGCCCUUGGGUGUGCCGGGAGCGGGGCGGGCAGCGCGGCCCCGGCUGCGGGGCAGGUGCCUCUCGCCCGCCCCGCUCGCCGCGCAGCCCUCCUGGAACUGUCGGUGUGUCUAUUUAUAACGCAGGUGUUUUUUAAAAAUAAUCAGGCGGGGCCAGCCUCCCUCUGGCGCUGACGCUCGUGGGGUGAUUUCGGUCCAGAUUUUUCUGCGGUGAAACAGCUCCUGGCGGCUGCUGAGCAAUCGCUGAGCCGGCGGAAGAGCCUGGGGGCUGCCGCGUUCCCGCAGCCCCGUGCCCACCGGGUGUCCAGGGGGGCUCGGCCCCCUCGGCCGGGGCGGGGUGUGGGGAGCUCCGGGUGCUUUUACCCCACGCCCCUGUGCCCUGCCCGCACGACGGGGCUGUUUUUAAGUGUAAUAUAGCUUGUGGUUUUUUAUCACGUGUGUGUAUAUUUACGUGUGUGUGUGUGUGUGUGUGCGUGCUGGAGGGGUGCAGUCCCUUUUGGGGCUCUCUCUGCUUUUCCACAGCUGCCAUGGGGGCAGAUGUGGCAUUUUGGGGGGGUCCCUCUGUGUGCCCCCGCCUCCCUGGCAUGUGCCAAGGGUUGCUGGCAGGGCGUGCCCCGGGGAUCUUUGCCGGUUGCUCUGUCCCACCAUGACACCGACUGCCAUUAACCCCUGUGGGCACCCCCAGGGCCAGGGGAGCCCCUCGCGCCUCCUUCGCUGGUGCGGCUCGGGUACGGGCGCCUUCAGAAACAAUAAAAACGGUGCUCCCCUA